UUCAGUCACAUUUCAUUUAUGAAACUUGUUCGGCAACAUGGAUAUAGCAGCUGUAAACCUCAUGAGCUAUGAACAUUUUCUAGAUAUAUUUGGCAACAUCAUAGAAAAAUGCCCACUGAUUACUGGCGCAGUUUGGUCCAAACGUCCAUAUAGCAGCAUUGCUGAACUGGAAAGCUGCGUUUGUGAGUUUAUUGACUUCCUGCCUUCUUCAGGGAAAGAGGGGAUUCUGCGAUGUCACCCUGACUUGGCAGGGAGAGAGCUGGCCAGUGGAACGCUGACAGAAGAAUCUCAGCAGGAACAGAGUCAUGCUGGGCUGAUUUCCCUGACUUCAACAGAGCAGGACAGAAUGACGCUUCUAAACUCUCAAUAUAAGAACAAGUUUGGCUUCCCCUUUGUCAUAUGUGCUAAAAUGGCAUACAAAACCAAAAUAAUGUCAGAAUUAAGUUCUCGUAUCCUAAAUGAUCCUUCUCAAGAACUUCAGAAUGGCAUUGAAGAAGUUAAAAAGAUUUGUCAUCUAAGAGUGCAAGAUAUAUUCUUUAAGAAUUCCAAGUUGCCCACAAAGCUGUAAACAAGUGAACAAGUUCAAGAUGUGAACCAAAUAAAUUGUUCUGUAAUUCUUGUCAA